CCAAGGCCCAUAUAAAUGGCCUAUAUCACACAAUUGUCGUCAGUUUUAUACACACGUCAGCAGUGGAAUUUUCAUUACAACAUCUUUUGACCAUUUCCACGCGCCACCGUGAGCGACCACGUGUCGACGUCAUUGACUGUUUGCUUCUCACCGUCAACAUUGAUCAUUCACAUCGCAAGUUUUAUGUUUUCCGUUACGAAGAAGAAAACCCUCAAAAACCCAAAAACCAGAUUAAAGAAACGAGUAAUCGAGAAACAAAAAAAGAUCGGGGCUUUGUAGAGAAGAUGAAGGCAGAGACGGUGACACUGAUUCUGGUGAAUCUAGCCGGAAUUAUGGAGAGAGCCGACGAGUCUCUGCUCCCAGGUGUAUACAAAGAGGUCGGUGCAGCUCUCCACACGGAUCCAACCGGGCUCGGGUCGUUGACACUGUUGCGAUCCAUGGUUCAAGCCGUUUGCUAUCCAUUAGCUGCUUACAUGUCCAUGCGGCAUAACCGAGCUCACGUCAUUGCUCUCGGUGCUUUCCUCUGGUCCGCUGCUACUUUCCUUGUCGCUUUCUCUUCCACUUUCUUCCAGGUAGCAGUGUCGAGAGCUUUAAAUGGGAUUGGUCUUGCUUUGGUGGCUCCAGCGAUUCAGUCCCUUGUUGCUGACUCAACGGACGAUGCUAACCGUGGGACUGCUUUUGGAUGGUUACAGCUAACAGCAAACCUCGGUUCAAUCAUAGGCGGGCUUUGCUCUGUUUUGAUAGCUCCAUUAACCUUCAUGGGUGUACCUGGUUGGAGAGUUGCUUUCCAUAUCGUAGGUGUGAUCAGCGUUAUAGUUGGUGUGUUAGUCAGACUUUUCGCCAAUGACCCUCACUUUGUGAAGGAUGGUGUUAAUGUUCAACGAGUUUCAAGAAAACCUUUUUGCUCAGAGGUUAAGGAUUUGGUCAGGGAAAGUGGUACUGUUGUAAAGAUCCCUUCUUUUCAGAUCAUUGUUGCUCAGGGAGUGACCGGGUCGUUUCCUUGGUCUGCUCUAUCUUUUGCACCCAUGUGGUUGGAGCUUAUCGGGUUCUCGCACGGGGAAACUGCAGUCUUGAUGGGUUUAUUCGUGGCUGCGUCUUCUCUUGGUGGGUUAUUUGGUGGCAAAAUGGGAGAUUAUCUGUCGACACGUCUUCCUAACUCAGGAAGAAUCAUUCUUGCACAGAUUAGCUCAGCUUCAGCGAUCCCGCUCGCUGCUAUUCUCUUGUUGUUUUUACCUGACGAUCCAUCUGCUGGUGCGAUCCAUGGUGUGGUCUUAGUGCUAUUGGGACUGUUUGUUUCUUGGAAUGCUCCUGCUACCAACAACCCGAUCUUUGCUGAGAUUGUUCCAGAGAAGUCAAGAACAAGCGUCUACGCGUUAGACAAAUCGUUCGAGUCCAUCUUGUCAUCGUUCGCUCCCCCUGUAGUUGGAAUCCUGGCACAGCAUGUCUAUGGUUAUAAACCAAUCCCUCAAGGGUCAUCAAGGUCAGCAGAGAUAGCAACAGAUAGAGAGAAUGCAGCUUCGUUAGCAAAAGCUCUUUAUACAUCUAUAGGCAUCCCAAUGGCGGCUUGCUGCUUCAUCUACUCCUUUCUAUACCGUACUUAUCCUCUAGACAGAGAACGUGCUCGGAUGGAGGCUUUUAUAGAUUCUGAGAUGCGUGAACUGCUUCCGGAAAAUUCAAAUAUAGAUAUCGAGUUUUCACAAGAAACCUAGUAGAUAAUAACAUUUGCAAAAUAGCUUUACAAGAGGUUUCAAUAUUAUGUUCUUUACAAUGUUAA